GCGGUCUCGCUUGACGGCUCGGCGCGUCUUUUUUGCGACAGUCCGGAAGAAGGCGAAGGGUUUGCCCCCUGGAGUCCCCGUUUUCUCUCUUUGGGAAAGAAGAAGGAAAGGGGGCGAGAUGGACGUCGGGGAGCUGCUCAGUUACCAGCCAAAUAGGGGGACGAAAAGACCUCGUGAAGAUGAAGAGGAUGAUGUUAAAAUCCGGCACAAGCACGGAGGAGGACGGGAGCGCAUCCGCCAGCGGGAAGAGGAGCCCCCGGCGAUGGAGGAGACGGAGGACGAGAAGAAGAAGCUCCUGCAGAUAAUCGAAAAGGGUGAUGAGGAAGAGGAGGAGGAUGAACCCCUGGACGAAAGCUCGGUGAAGAAGAUGAUCCUCACUUUUGAGAAGAGAUCGUACAAGAAUCAGGAGCUUCGGAUCAAGUUCCCAGAUAACCCAGAGAAGUUCAUGGAGUCGGAACUGGAUCUCAACGACAUCAUCCAGGAGAUGCACGUGAUUGCCACCAUGCCGGACCUCUACCAUCUCCUGGUGGAGCUGAAUGCUGUCCACUCCCUCCUUGGGUUGCUGGGACAUGACAACACUGAUGUCUCCAUUGCGGUGGUGGAUCUUCUGCAGGAGCUCACUGACAUCGACACCCUCCAUGAAAGCGAAGAAGGAGCCGAGGUCCUCAUAGAUGCCCUGGUUGAUGGUCAGGUGGUGGCUUUGCUAGUACAAAACCUGGAACGUCUGGAUGAAAGCGUCAAGGAAGAGGCUGACGGUGUCCACAACACUUUGGCAAUCAUUGAAAACAUGGCGGAGUUCCGGCCAGAGAUGUGCUCCGAUGCCGCUCAGCAAGGCCUGAUGCAGUGGCUGCUCAAGAGGUUAAAGGCAAAGAUGCCCUUUGACGCCAAUAAACUCUACUGCAGCGAGGUGUUGGCCAUUCUCCUCCAGAACAAGGAUGACAACCGGGAAUUGCUUGGUGAACUAGAUGGAAUUGAUGUGCUGCUUCAGCAGUUAUCGGUGUUCAAGCGCCACAAUCCGAGCACGGCAGAGGAGCAGGAGAUGAUGGAGAACUUGUUUGACUCGCUAUGCUCCUCGCUGAUGUUGAGCUCCAACCGGGACCGUUUCCUGAAAGGGGAAGGACUGCAGCUGAUGAACCUCAUGCUCAGGGAGAAGAAGAUUUCCAGGAGCAGCGCCUUGAAAGUGUUGGAUCAUGCCAUGAUUGGGCCCGAGGGGGCAGACAAUUGCCACAAGUUUGUGGACAUCCUGGGCCUGAGGACCAUCUUCCCGCUGUUCAUGAAGUCCCCAAAGAAAAUGAAGAAGGUUGGGACCUCCGAAAAAGAGCAUGAAGAACAUGUCUGCUCCAUCUUGGCCUCCCUGCUGAGGAACCUGCGGGGUCAGCAGAGGACUCGGCUGCUCAAUAAAUUCACGGAGAACGACAGCGAAAAGGUUGAUAGACUGAUGGAGUUAUAUUUCAAGUAUUUGGACGCAGUGCAGGUGGCUGAUAAGAAGAUAGAAGGCGAGAAGCAUGACGUGGUCGGCCGUGGGGAGAUCAUCGACGAUGACAUGGAAGACGAGUUCUACCUCCGCCGGCUGGACGCCGGUCUCUUUGUCCUCCAGCUCAUCUGCUACAUCACAGCGGAAAUCUGCAAUGCCAGCAUCCCACAGAUUCGCCAGAGAGUCCAUCAGAUACUGAACAUGCGGGGAAGCUCCAUCAAAAUAGUUCGGCACAUCAUCAAAGAGUAUGCUGAGAACAUUGGGGACGGGAAGAACCUCGAAUUCCAGGAGAGCGAGCAGAAGCGGAUCGUGGAGCUGCUUGAAAACUUCUGAGGAUCCUGCCUUUGGCCAAAAGUGCCCCAGCAGUGUCUGUGUUCCUCUGGACAAAGAAACCAGGGAACGGACUUUCUUUCAUCUGUAUUUCUCAAGGCUUUCAGAGAUAUUAAAGAUGGUUUGUUUUGCUUUUUUA